AUGGAACACCGCGUCGGCGCCGUCGUGACGAGGCUCUGUCUGACACACCGCUGGUCAACCGGUUGGUGGUGGAACGUCGCAUCUGCAUCGUCCAGACGAGGCUCCGCCUGGUACGCCGUUGAUCAGACGGUGGGAUGGAUCUCCGAAUUGGCACCGUCGACACGCGCCCAUCUGGUGCACCGGAGGAGACCGCAGGCUUGCGGCAAUGCCGUAAGCCAUUGGCAAAUUCGAGUCGUUCUUCCACUGCCAAAAAAACUCGUGGCCCACAGUGGAGUUCGGCCGCGCCGGCACAUCAAGCAGCACCUAUUCAGGGGUCAGGGCACUGCUUCCUUCGGGGGGGCCUGCAAAAGCUGGCCUAAAGAUUGCUGGGGAGCCACGACGUCUGCUGGCGCACCGUGGUCGCAGACGCAAAAUUCACGGUCGAAACAAAAACAACAACCAUACUCAUUCUCCUCAUCCUAACUCUUCUACCUCUACCUCCGUCUAUUCUUCUGCCUAUUCUUCUCCUUCGUCAUCUUCUUCUCCACCUCAUUCCCAUCGCCCCACUCGUUUUCCCAAGACUGACAGGGUGAGCCCGCUCACUCUGGCAGCCUGGAAUGUUCGUUCCCUUUUAGACAAUCCGAGGAGCAACCGACCGGAACGGAGGACUACGCUAGUGGCACGAGAACUGGCGCGCUACAAGGUGGACAUCGCCGCACUCAGCGAGACCCGAUUCUCCGAACAAGGCCAACUGGAGGAGGUGGGUGCCGGCUACACCUUCUUCUGGAGUGGUCGACCCAGGGCAGAGCGACGAGACGCGGGCGUCGCCUUCGCCAUCCGAACCGACAUCGUGGGACGACUACCCUGUUUGCCGCAGGGCAUCAACGAUCGCCUGAUGAGCCUCCGCCUGCCUCUCUGGGGAGGCAAAUUCGCCACCAUCAUCAGCGCCUACGCUCCGACGAUGACCAACCCCGACGCCGUCAGAGACAAAUUCUACGAGGACCUGCACGCCCUCUUGGCGACUGUGUCGAAGGCGGACAAGUUGAUUGUCCUUGGUGACUUCAACGCCCGCGUCGGCAAAGACCAUACUGCCUGGAGGGGAGUGCUGGGUCCCCACGGUCUCCGCGGCUCCAACGACAACGGCCUGCUUCUCCUCCGCCCCUGCGCAGAACACCGCCUCACCCUGACGAAUACCUUCUUUUGUCUGCCGGUGCGAGAGAAGGCCACCUGGAGGCAUCCUCGGUCGCGUCAGUGGCACCUGCUGGACUAUGUCCUCGUCCGGAGGCGAGAUCAGCGGGACGUGCUGGUGACGAAGGCGAUCGCGGGUGCUGACGGGUGGACCGACCAUCGCCUCGUCAUCUCGAAGAUGCGUAUUCGCCUACAGCCUCGCAGGAGACCACAAGGUAAGCGACCCCCAGGUAAGCUGAAUGUUGCUUUGUUGUCUUUGCCUGCUCACCGUCUCCAUUUCAGCAAUGAGCUAGCUCAACGGCUAGACAACCUUCAUAUCGCUGCCGCCGCCGCCGCCGCUGCCGAGAACGCCUCCGUGGAGAACCGCUGGUGUCAACUGCGUGACACAGUCCAGUCGACGGCGCUCGCCGUCCUCGGUCGCGCUCCCCGCCAACACCAGGACUGGUUCAACGACAACGACGCCGCCAUCAGAAAUCUGCUUGCUGAGAAGAACCGCCUCCACAAAGCAUACGUAGAUCACCCCACUGAGGACAAGAAAGCUGCCUUCUACCGCAGUCGCCGACAGCUUCAGCAAUGA